UUUUUAUUUCUCAAAAUUUGUUUUGUUGGUUUCACAUCUUCAACAAAAAUUUCAUCUUAAUUAUUGAUUUUUUAAACUUUGUUGUGAUGGAAGUCUAUAAAUUUGUUCUUGUAAUUCUUAUAAUUUGUUCAUCAGUUCGAGCCGAUAACAUUCUUGAUUUGAUUGAAACACGGCCAUCAUUAGCAGCAUCUGAUCAAUCUAUGAUUUGUCAAUUAAAUGAAAAUGACGUAAAAUCAUUGUUGACUUUGUCCGAACAAUCUACAAACACUCAGAAAUAUAUUUUGAUCAAAACUGAUGAAAACGAAGAUUCUUUUAUUAACAAUGUUCGAUCGCAAUUAUCCGGUUUGGAUUAUCGUGUUUGUUCAUUCAAAUUAUCACAAGUUUCACUUGCUCUAACUAACAUAACAAUUGUCAACAAUGACGGACAUGCCAUACCUUAUUAUGGUCGCCGAGAUCCCUCAACUUUGGUUCGUUUCCUUGCUCAUUUGGAACAACGUAUUUCCAAAUCGCCAUAUCAAACGAUUAAAGGCAAAUUAGACAAGAAAGCCUAUGAGCACGUGUUAGAGCCUAAAAUUAUCGCCUAUUAUCCCGAUGUUACAGCGCCUGCAUUUGCACAAUUUCAACAAGCUGCCAAACUAAUGGCUCCUAGUCCUCCGUUUUUUGUCGUUCAUGAUCCACAGCUUGCAGCCAAAUUUCGACUCAAUCAACCGGGACAAAUGUCUCUAGUUCGUCGUUUAGAAAAAUCGCAAAUAUUUUUCCCUCCACUAUCAUCGUCGGUGAUGUCCUUGGAACCAACACAGGCUAUCAUGGCUCAGGAUAUCAUCAAUUGGAUACAAGAAAACCGUGGACUAGUAAUGCAUGAACUCAAAGAUACCAAUCUUUAUAAUCCAGAGAUUCAUGACCCCAACAAAUAUCAAUUGGUUGCAGUUGGUGAUAAAUCAUCACCGCUUGGAUUGUAUUUCUUCAAGAUUCUCACCAAAACAAUACAAAAUAUAAGUCGUGAAAAUGAAAUCUGGUUAAAUCCGUCGUCAAUAUCUGAUGAUAAUGACGAUGAACAGAAUUCGGACAUACAGAAUCAUAUUCAAUCGGAUGAACCCGUUGAUUUAAUCCGUUUGGACGAUAUCAAAAUUGUGUGGAUCGAUUUACAACAAUUUCCUUCAACUGCAUUGAACUUACAAAAAUUGUAUCAAAUAGAACCGGUUCAGAACGUUUGGUUUGGCCUCAUUCAUUCACCAUCAACGGCUAUUGCUACUCAAGGUCUGGAUUCAGUAUGGUUUGAUUUGAAUGGCUUGAAUUUGACACGAAGUGAUCGACGAACCGAUCAGGAGAACAUUUGGCUGGUUCGUAAUUGGAUUCUGACUGUUACUGACCGAGAAAUGAAAUCGGCUACCAAUGAUUCAUCAACCGGUGCUCCAAUUACUUUUGUUCUAGAACCUGAACCGAUUUCCGUACGACAAGGUGGUAAUUUCCUGUUAGAAUGUCGUGUUCUUCCUCAUUUGAAAUGUAGUUGGAUGAAAGAUUCCCAAUCCAUUGUAGUGGAUUCCCGGUAUCGAUACGCUAUUUCCGGUCGUGAUGGUGGUGAUUGUAGUCUGAUGAUUCAGGGAGCUCGAAUCGAUGAAGAUCAAGGAGAAUGGACAUGUUUGGUCGAUGGUACAAAUGAAACAUCUUUGCCCAUCCUAGUGAAUGUUCGAUACGAUACGAAAACGGAAUUCUGAUUUUGUGUUUUAGUUUGAUGAAAUUUUUCAAUCAGCGAUAUUAUAAUUUGAAUUCUGGUUUUUA